GAAGGCAUCCACUUCCUCGUGCUAUGUCUGAUUGUGAAGCCUCACUUGGUGACCUCGCACUGACUAUUAUGUAUCGCAUCUCUCUUUUGGAAUAUCGUGUGUCCUAAGUGCUACGAGCUAUGUCUUUUUUUCUCUGGCCAGAAUCACGUUUCUCGUCAGUAGCUCUCCUGGAAUUUCGGAAUAGUUUCUCCUUUUGUGGUUUUGUUUGACAUUGUUAAGAAGGCAUUGAAAAAAAAACGCGGUUUGCAAGUGCAUAUUAGUUUAGUUUUUUUGUGGUUUUCUAUUGUGUGAAGUGACAGAUAGGCAUUUUGGAAUACCUGUUCUUGGUUUGUCAGUCUAAAGUGGAUUGAUUUUGAUGAUCAAUAUGAAUUUUAGACAUAGAGCGAUGGCUUCUAAUCCCGAGAUGCUCGUGCGAGAGAUGGGUCAUUUACAGAUAUCCAAUUAUUCCCCACAGCAGUACUCGCCUAGCAAUAAAAAAGUUGCUCCUGUUGUACCACCUAAACCGAAAUCGGAUAUGUACGCAACUGUAGCAUCUAAAUCGAAUGGAAUGUAUCAUGCUUCUAUUCAUUCAUCUCCUCACUCAGCUACUACUGUGCACAGUACUGAUUUUGAAUCAAAUGCUUUUUCCUUAGGGGAUCCCAUUUACAGUAAUUAUCAUCCUGAUGAUGAUUUACCUCCCCCUCCACCGCCACCUCCUCAACAAGUAUCUUAUUCACCACCUUCAUCACAACAUUAUCCUCCACCUCCUCCUGAUACAGUUCCUGCACCUUCUUCGCCAGCAAAUUCAACUUAUGGAACUCAAGCUGGCUAUUCUUCCUAUAGACCUAAUUCAUCAGUGAGUUCUUAUGACACCAGUUCUAUUUAUGAACCUAUCACUCCUCGACCACCCAGUCAAAUGAGUAAUCGCUCUAAUUACAGCAUGGGCAGUGGUAGUACUUCUUUAUAUUCCUCUUACUAUCCAGCUUCUGGACGAGGAAAGGGAUCUGCUGGGCGACCUACAGGCAAAGAAGCAGAAGUCGAUCGUCUUACAGAUCUUAUGGUUCAAAGCAUGGAAAAUUCAAGUGAUCCUGAAUUUUAUGAGGAGGAGGAAGAAGAAGAGAUACCAGUAAUUGGCAUGUGUUACAAAUGUGGUGAAAAAGUAUUUGGAGAAGGAAGUGGAUGUACUGCUAUGGAGCAUGUUUACCACAUAUCUUGCUUUACUUGUCACAUAUGUCAUAAGGAAUUAAGAGGCAAACCCUUCUAUGCUAAAGAUGGGAAACCCUUCUGUGAAGAUGAUUAUUUGAACACAUUAGAAAAAUGUUGUGUAUGCGGUGGAAGAAUCCUUGAUCGAAUUUUAAGAGCCACUGGAAAACCAUAUCAUCCUAACUGUUUUACCUGUGUUGUUUGCGGAAAGUGCUUAGAUGGUAUUCCAUUUACUGUAGAUGCAACAAAUCAAAUUUAUUGCAUUGAUGACUUUCAUAAAAAAUUUGCUCCUCGUUGCUGCGUCUGCCAACAGCCAAUUAUGCCUGAGCAUGGAAAAGAAGAAACUGUUCGAGUUGUUGCAUUAGAUCGUAGCUUUCAUGUACAGUGUUAUAGAUGUGAGGAUUGUGGUUUGCAGUUAUCUUCAGAAGCUGAAGGCAGUUGCUAUCCUUUGGAUGAUCACAUACUUUGUCGCAGCUGCAACGCAAAAAGAGUGCAAGCUCUCACCUCCUGUAUGACAACUGAAUUGUAGUUUGUGUUGUUAUUUCUUCCUCCAUUCCUCAAAAGCAAAAUCUUGUUUCCCUUCCCUGUAAGUGUCAGCAGCUAAACCAUUCUGACAAAAAUCAAUUGAAAAGAAAUUUUUUUAAUGAUAUAUUUUGAUAUGUUUUUGUUUUUUUGGUUUUUAGCAUUGUUUUACAUUAAACGUUUAUCUAGUCUGUACUUUUCUAUUAUAAGAAAUCUGCUCUCGUGUUUGCAUUUCUCUUUGCCUGAUUUUAAAUGAUUUAUUUUAUUUUAUUAUCAGUUAUAAAUAUGAUUUUUUUUUUUUUUUUUUUUUUUUUUUUUUUUAACUGCUGAAGUGCUAUGUUGGAAAAUUAAGUUCGUAAAGGAAGUAGGAAAAUUUGAUUAUUUUUAAUUUAUGGUAUUUUACAUUUUUAUUAAUAACUAUAAUAAUUUUAAAAAUCAGAUGCCAGCAUUUAUUCUUUAAAGCUUAAUAGCAGAAUAAUCUAAACUUUUUUUUUUAAUUAAAAUGUUACAUAGUUGAUAUAAACUAUACGUACAGAGCUAAUUUAAGGUCGAUUCAGUUUAAUAAUUCAUAGAUAUAUGGGAAGAAUUUACAAGUUCUUGUAUGGAAUAUGUUGCUCUUUUUUAUUUAUCUGAUUGAUAGAAUCAAUUUAGCUAGCAUGAAUGGGCUUAUUUCAUCCUAGCUUGAAUCAGUGGAAUAAAUGCAAUAAUCAAAAGUUCUCUUGUAUAUAAAAAUAUACAUAUUCGAUUUCAGUCUUUCAAAGUUCUUAUGUUAAUUUUCAUUUCAGCACUAUCAUUCCAGUGUAUUAUUUAUAAUUGCAAAAUACUAGAUUUGAAGUGCUAAUUUACUGAAUGAAAUUAGACAUUUAUUGUAUCAAUUUUAAGUUCAAAAGUUAAUAGUGGAAUCCACUAAGACUUGUCCUACAUAUAAUAUGGAAAUCUCAUUUAAUUUGAUAUUUGUUUCCAAAUUUUAUUGAGAUUGUUAACAUACAUAGUUCCUUAUAAAAAGGUGAUAGAAGAUAGAUUUCUUAUUUGGUUUUAUGCAUCUUUUGAUUAUAAACAUACAAAUGAAAAUGUAAACUCUCUUUAUGAUGUAAAUUAAAAGAUUAUUUGUUUUUACUGAAGAAUUUUACAUCGGCUCUGUUACUAAUAACCGAUGGAAAAUGAAUUUUAAGAAUCUUUUAUAUAAUCUAACUGCUAUUAAAAAAAAAAAAAAGAAUAUUGCUGUAUCUGUUAUGCAUUACCAUAUUUAGUUGAAAAAAUUGUUAUAAUUCAUAAGCCUGCCAUAUAAAUUUAACUUUUAAAGUACAGAUCAAAGAAUGUGUGCUUUGUUAUAGUCUGAUUGUUCUUUAAUAUCUAGGAUUAUGUUUAUAAUUGGAAAAAAUAUCCAUUUUAGAAUAUGUUGAUAAACAAGCAAUUUAAAAAUUUAAGGAUUUUUAAAAAAUGAAAGACUAUAUUGUAGCUUGGUAAAUAUUUUUAUAUAGAUCUGAACUGCAUUUUAUUAUUAUUAUUAUUAAAAGCAAUUUGUAUGUUUUAUAUUUUAUGUAUGCUAAGCAUGCCACCUUUUUGUUUAAUCAAAAUUUUUCUUUCCUUAAUUAAUUACAUUCCCUUUUAGCAGACCAUAAUUUCUAUAAACAUUCCAAAAAAAAAAAGAACUUUAAAUUAUUCUUUUUUCUUUUGCAAUAUCUUAAAGUGCGUUAUCAAACAAGGCAAUAUAAGCUUUUCAGACAUUUAGUUUUAAAACUUCUGUAGCAAGAGUAAACAAUGAUUUUUAUGAUUUCACUAUGGAUUGAAUUCCUUUAGUUAAAUACGUGUUAAUGAAACAGCAAUUAUGAAUAACAUAUAGGGACACCAGUUUCAGAAAAUCAUGUUUCAUGUAUUUGUUAUAAAUUUAACUUAUUCUGCAUUAUUUUUGUUUUGUAUAAAAGGUUUUUUAAAAGUGUUGCUAUUAAUAAUUAUUUUGUAUUUUUACCAAUAUAGAAAACUCUUGUUUUUAAUCUGUAACUAAUCUGAUAGCUCCUAUUAAGAAAUUGAAUGUAAUACUCUGUUUUCCCUUAUUUUUGAAAUAUUGUUGUUAUUAAAAUUGUUUCUUAAAUUUCAUACACUGCUUCACAUUAGUAUUGCAGUGACUUUUUCAAAUGGACUAUGCUUUAAUAUUAACAACAGUAGUCAUUGAGGGAGCAGUGAACUUUUUGAGGUGUGUCAUGUAAAUAUUCUUUAUGUAGAUAUUUUAUUAAGUAGUGCAUUUUGAUAUUCUUUUCAUAAAAAAAUUAAAAUAUAUUUUUUCUUAUUUCUUAACAACAGACACUUUUUAUAUACUUAGGAAAAGAUACUGAGAUUAUUUUAAUUAUUAUUUAUUUUGAAAUGUGUGAGCUGAAUAAAAAUACUGUGGUGAAUUUAUUUUUAAACAAUGUUUUUAAAAUCUGUUCAAUGCUAAGCCUUUGAUUUGAAAACAAAGAAAAUUGAGCAUUGUUGAUAUCUUCUAGUCUUACCAGAUUUUAAUAGUAGUGAUAGUGGUGGACAUUAUGAAUUUUAAAUUGCUUUUGAUUUAUGAUGAAUUUGGAUCAGGAUUUUGUUAUUGACAAUGAAAUUUUUGUUAAAACAUUUCUAUGUAUCAAACUUUGAAUCGUUAACAAGAAAAGAAAAAAAAUUCUCAUAUGGAGAGAUUUCAAUUUGAUUGUUAAUGUACAUCAUUUUUGUAAAUGUCAAUCUAACAACAAAAGUUGUGUGAUAAAAGUAUUGGAGAAAUGACAGUUUUUGAUAGUGAAAUUCUUUUUUGCAACAUGUUAACUUUUAUACCUGUAUAUACAUAAUGGAACCUGUGCAAUGCAAAUAGAGUAUUAUUUUAUUUCUCUGUUAAUCACCUCCUCCUCUCCCCUAAAAAGGUAUACUGAAUUUCAAAAACAAAAUUAUAUCCAAUGAAUAACUCCUAUUCCCUCUCAAUGCAUGCAGCAUACAAUGUGAGAAAGAAUUAUAUUCUUUAAAAAUGUUACUUCAUCUCCCUCCCAUUUGUUAUCUUAAUCUUGUGAUUUUUCAUGAUCUAUAUUUUUAAUGUUUAUUUAGGUGUAAUAGAUUUGAUCAGUUUGAUCUUGUUUUUGACUUUAAAAAAAAACUGCUCUACAAAAGUUUUUAUUUGAGUUUAUUAUUCAUUGAAAAAUGAAUAAUUUAAAUUAAAUGUGAAAUGAUUGUGGUUGUGAUUUAUGGAUGUUUCUUUAUCUUGAUUGAGUUUAACUACUUCCAGUAUGUAUUAGUAUGAAAAUAAAAAGGGUUUGUUUGUGAAUAUUAUUGCCAUAUUCGGCUGAAAUCAUUUUAUACAAUAACUCUUUCUACAUAAUAAGCUAUUCAAAAUAGCCUGAACUUGAAACUCUAUUAUGUAGUUAUCUGCUGUGGUGCACUGCAAUUUAGAUAAAUAUAUAUGCAAGUUUUUAUGUCCAGAAGGGUUUCAAACACUUUUAGCUAGCUUUUAUAGUUGUGAAAGUAUCAUAAAAGGUCAAAUGGCAGUUUCUGGUCUGUAGAUAACAGCUGUGCCAAAUUUGAGGCUUAGUUUUGUUUAUUAAGUGUCAAUUAAAAGUUUUUAAAUAAUUUCA